AUGUGGGGACAGCCGUACAGGAAGACUGACUUGGAGGCCGGAGCGAGGCCGUUGUAUCCAAUGAUGCUUGAAAGCCCGCAGCUCCGGUGGGCCUUCAUUAGGAAAGUGUAUUCAAUCUUGGCCUUUCAAUUACUUGCGACAAUCGCGGUGGCGGCAGUAGUGGUCUCUGUCCGUCCGAUUGCCGUCUUCUUUUCCACCACUGGGGCCGGUUUGGCUGUUUAUAUACUGCUUAUCUUCGUACCCUUUAUUACUUUGUUGCCUUUGUAUUACUAUCACCAGAAGCAUCCAGUGAAUUACUUGCUGCUUGGGAUUUUUACCAUCUCUCUCGCUUUUGUCGUUGGAUUAACUUGUGCUUUUACUGAAGGCAAGGUGAUUCUGGAGUCUGUGAUUCUAACAAGUGUUGUGGUCGUGAGUCUUACUCUCUACACAUUCUGGGCAGCUAGUAGAGGCCAUGAUUUCAACUUCCUUGGCCCCUUUUUGUUUGGUGCAGUCAUGGUUCUUAUGGUAUUUGCUCUGAUCCAGAUUCUAUUUCCAUUGGGUAGAAUCUCUGUGAUGAUUUAUGGGUGCUUGGCCUCAAUCAUAUUCUGCGGAUAUAUCAUAUAUGAUACUGACAACCUGAUCAAAAGGCACACUUAUGAUGAAUACAUUUGGGCUUCAUGGGCAGACUCCUUUUGUGCUUUCCUUGGAGAAGGUAGAAUCCAUAAGAAGAUUGACAUUGGCCAUGGGGUUGACAUCAGUUCUGGGAUGCUGUCAAAGAAAGAAGGGAUUUGA